AUGGCUACUUCCCGCUUAGCCUUCACAAUGCCCAAGGGGAAGUGCAUAUCUUGCGAAAGGAGCUCAACAGUCCGCGGCCUCACAGGUAACCGAUACCACGAGAUGCGCCGGAUAAUCGAACAAUCGGUUCAAUGGGGCAUCAUUCCAACUGUCAACUUAGACGUUGGUAGAGAUAAUCCGACGUCGUUUAACUACAACUGGGAUAUAGUGAGUUUGGAGCGCCAUUAUUCCCUUAUUAAGCGAGCUAAUGCUACAGUAGAAGAAGAUGCAGAUGUCCGCGUCGAAGGCAGCAAUGAGGACGAAUGCUGCGGACUAGAAUACUAUGCAGAUUGUUGUUCUGUUCGGGGCAAGAAGGCCUGGUCUGCAGUGAUUUGUACAGUCAACUGGAUGGAGACAAGGCCAGGGGGGUUUUUGGAGAGGAGGGGAUCUUUCACAGUAUCUGGACAGAGUCUUGAUACUGUAUGA